GGGAGAGGAGGAGGAGGAGGAUCGCCUCCGGGAACAAGUACGACAUUUCGUGGAUACCAUUCAGGCUCGACGAGAUGGUGAGAAGAAGAUGAUAGAGAUGCAUAGGCAUCCUCACUGGCGAUUCAAAUCUCCGAGAAUGAAAAGGAAAGAGACGACUAAAGGAAAAAAAGGUGGAUAAGUUGGAAGAGGUUGUUACCCUGGAAAAGCCUGCCGAGGGAAAAGAGGUGACUGGGGGCCAAGAGGUUGAGGUCGAAAGGCCCAAUCUUCGGCGUGCAUCAAGCUCCUCCUCGGACGUGAUUGUAGAUGACUACGAUCAACCUCAAAGGGACCGCAUGCCCUUUUUCCUCCUCCGGGCCUCAUGGGGUUUCUCAAUGACUUUGUCCCCUUUUCUCUAGGUAGUGUUAUAAAGUGGGACAGGUCGUCGAGGUCAACAAGUGUACCCAAGUCGCGGUCGCGUACUCGGUUUCAUAGGCCAAGUGCCAAAGUACCAGACACGGAAGUAGUUGUCCACCAUCUAUAUAACCCCCCAAAGAAGCGAAGACCGACCGACGCAAACUUUCCCCCCGUAUGCCGCAACAUAGUUUGUGUUUCUGUGCGUCUGCAUGCCUGGCAUGGUGAACGCCCCCUUCGUGUCCUCCUGGCGUCUCGGAGGUCUCGUCUGGUCUCGUCAUCGAAUCGUAUAAAACGUCUCACCGAUAGGAUACAAGUCCACAUCUGGGAGGACGGCGAUUUCUCCAUCGGCCAAAGGUCACUGAAACUUGCGGAGGAAGAUUCCAUCUUUAGCCUCCCUCUCCCAGUCGUUUCGUACAUGGUACUGGGCGUGGCGAUGCCAACUGACCUCGUCACACAAGACAAUAUCCUCCCAGCCUUCCUCUCUCUUCCUUCGUAUUCACCACAGAAGAUACGCGCACAGAGACUGGACACGGUACCUAGGCAUGGCCCGCUUCUGAAGACAUGACAAACACCAAGUCCCAGAACUUCAUAUUCACCAAGAUCGAUCGAUGCCGAACGCAUGCCCCAUCCACCUUGUCGUGGUUAGCCGUACUCGGCUCGCCACAUCAUACCUUCGUGCAACGUCGUGUGGGCUCAACACUGAUGGCGUAGAUGGCGUGGCUUAUAUAUGUUC